CGGGUCAGUUCGCAGAGUGGCAGCUCCAAUCCUGAAUGCUGCUGCUUCUUCUUGCUGCAGCUCCUGGUCCACUGAUCGAGUGCUCCCUGCCCCUCAGCCUGUAUCUGAUCGUCAUACAGAGGUUUCCCCCCCUGCUGCAUGCGUAACAUCUCUCCAAGUCCAGCCGUGGUGCUCACCAAGACCUCACCGCUUCAUCUUCCUACACGGAAUACGCACGACUCACACUGAGCGAGCCGCUGAGGCGAAAUUAAAACGGCAGGAUUUACCUCCGCGGGUUCAGGGAGACGAAGGGAUUUCCUCUUAUCAUUUGAUAUUUGACAGAUCCUCGCUUUUUUUUGUGUGUGUGUGUGAGUGUGCGUGUGUGUGUUGGGUGGAGUCAACCCGGAAUUCUCCAAAUUGGAAAUCCAUUGGCACAUUUCAGGAGCAUCAUGAAGGACGGCAUCGCCAACAACAGCACGGCCAGCAUCUCCCAAGCCAGGAAAGCUGUGGAGCAGCUGAAGAUGGAGGCCUGCAUGGAUAGAAUAAAGGUAUCCAAAGCAGCUGCAGACCUGAUGGCGUACUGCGACGCCCACAUACGCGAGGACCCCCUCAUUAUGCCCGUCCCCGCCUCCGAGAACCCUUUCCGGGAGAAGAAGUUCUUCUGCACCAUCCUCUGAUGACCUGCGGGUAGAGCUGUACAGGUGCAGGCAUGGUGUUGCCUGGCUUCUCUGUCUUCACCACACCUGAAGCUACUGGCCAUAGGCAUUGAGUUGAGAUUUGCCAGGUGGACACUCUGUUGUUGGUCAGCUCUGUCCUGGUGGCUGAAGGUUUUGGGGGAGUCGGCUACCAAACUGGCAACCCAGUGAGCGUAUCAUGUCUUGUUAAAUAGGUUUGUUAUUGCUUUGUUAUUAGAGAACAGCCUUGCUCAGUGCUUAAUGAGAUGAGAGAUUUUUUUUUCUUUUCGUUCUUUUGUUUUUGUGCUAGAUCUUAACUUGCCUCAGGAAACAGAAAUUUGCCCAGCGUCUGCAACUUUUUUAAACAUUUAUUCCCCGUCCCUUUAUCUGAAUUUUUAAGAAUAGCAUAAAUCUUUGUAUUACCUUGAACAUAAUUUGAGUUUUUGUUUUAUUGCUCUCAGUGUGCACGUUUGACUAUUUGUAGCAACACUUGCUGAAAGCACCACUGGAAUUUGACACUUCCCUCACUAGUGGUUUCAGUUUCAAUUUCCCUCCAGAGUCGCCAACAAUUGACCCGCCUCGUUUUUAGCACUGCAUUAAAGUCAGAUUCAGAUUAAGUGCACAGAAACACCAACCUGAUCCCACGUAGUAAAUAAUUUCAGUUGCAAUCCGCUCUCCUAAGAAGAAGAAGGAGGAGGCGGUGGCGGCACAUCACUUGUGCUGCAAAUAAACACAUAGACUGUUUAUUGAAAGAUGCAGAGCUAAUGUUUCAACGGCGAGAUGAGUUCUUCAGGGUUAUCACUGUGCAAACAACCCUUAAGUCAAAAAUUAUUUAUGAAUCUGCCUCCUCCUUCCCAGCCCGGCUCUAAUGCACUCUACCUUUGCUGCUCUGUUUGAUUUACUCCUCGUAUAUUUCAUCCACUUCAAAUCAGAGAUACUAUUAGUUAAUCCUGUAGCCCCCAAAUGGAAUAUUUUUACAAGUUGCAGGACAUCUUUUCAUCUUAUUUCCUUAACGGAGUCAUUUCUUUUCUGGGCAUGUUUCCUGAGCCUGAUUCUUUUUGCCUGUCCUAGAGUGAAUGGCAAGGCCUUUGACAUUAAAGCCAAACCAGAGGCCUGCAUGUUUCUCUGCUCCUUUUUGACAGCCUCCUCUGUUUCCGAGGGACUGUCAGUCUUUUAGAGUGUACAGUAUGUUACAGUGCCAAUUUCUGUGGGAACAGUGUGAUCUUCACACUGUGAUCUGCAGCCUUUUUUCCGUUUUGUUUGUUUUUGGAAGAAAAAGCACACUGUUGAACUAUUUCCUUUACAUGGUAGUUGAAUAGCAUUUGCUAAUUUUUACGAUGAAUUGUUAUGAUUGUUAUUAAUAUUGUUAUUAUCAGUAGUAUUAUUGAAUAUUUGUUGCACAGCACUGACAGCUACAUGACGUGUAGUGCUACUAAGCUUGUAUGAUACUUAGAAAAAACAUUUAUAAAUCAUGCAAUUAUUGAUACUAUCUAAGUAUUUUUUAAAAACAACAGUAAGGGUCGUUUACAUAAUAUGCUCCCUUUGGUGGUUCAGGCUUUUUGCAUCAUUGUUUCUGUAAAAUUGAGAGAAAUUUCCUCUUGGUACUUGAAUAGCCAUCACAUUAGGAAUCCAACUCUGAUCACACACACAAACCAGUGUGUCCUCAAAUUGUUUUCAGGAUAAUUAUUGUCUUUCUUUCCUAUCUGAAAACCUGAGACCGACCUCAGGGCACUCUCACUGACCUCAUCUGAAGGAUGGUGCCAAAUCCGAAACAAGAAAUACAACGGCUAGAGAUGAAUAUUGCAUGGAUUUAUUUCUAUUUAUACAAGAGAGAACUAUUAUGAUAUAAAAUAUUGCCUCUUCAUUGACUUUCUGGGUGCUACGCUGCACAGAAUAAUUUCAUUGGAGUCCGGAUAUGUCAACAAUGUGCAGCUGUAUUCAUGAAUGGUAUUAUCGUUUUGGGGAAAAAAAAUAGCAUUUAAAUAGCAGGCUUUGUAAAUCCUCUGAUGGAUCAAAUGAAUUAAAGGAAAACGGCAACCCAAA